AUGUUGAUAUAUCUCAUUUUAAUUCUAGUUUUGUCACUGAACGCCACAAAAUUCGACCAAGAGGCGAUGAAGACCGCGUCACUCUUAGCCAAAUAUCGAUACGCGGAAAGAGGCAGCUUCCGCACUUCGUAUCUCAUACCAUAUACGCGUAGAAAUUGUUAUACGGCAAAGAAACCGAUUGAUGAAUAUUUUACAGUUGGUGGAUAUUUGAGGGAAGUGGGAAAAUAUAAGAUGGCUGUGGAAGAAGCACAUUUUGAGAGCGGAGAAAAUGUAUUGGUUUAUCGAGUUGGGAAUACUACAUUUACAGCCAAGAAAAUGAAGGGGAAUUAUAAGAUUGUGCAAAUGGAAGAACCGAAAACGAUAUAUGACAUUUUAUAG